GAACGUGUUCCGACUACUUUUAGCGACUUGCUAUUUCAGUCGCAUAUUGACACGUGUGAACCCGCCUUAAUAGUAACAUAUAUACUAAACACAUACACGCAGUAACAGAUGGCUGAGGAAGGAGGCAGCCUGGCGUUGAUAACGGAACAUGGGAAACACUUGCUGUGAGGAGCGGGGAGAAUAUCGAUUGUCUUCCCGGAAUAUUGCUUCCUGGUGCUGCCAUUACAAUCAACGGUCAUUAAAGGAAAGAAUGGUCUUCUCAUUAGUUCUAAAACACCGGCAUGUCCCGCCUUGCUUGCUGGCUGGUGUGUGGCGAUGCCCACGCAUUCGCUCAUGUAAUCAAAAGUUGCCAGUGCGGUAAACUGUAAACACUAAACAUUACUUUGACACAGCCCCAGCCAACACCCAACCAACCAUUACGGUAGCUGAAAUUUUUAGAUUCUAAUAGACUUGUUACAAUCAAUAGGUCUAUACCAAUUCAUAUCACUAACGAUUACUUUAACAAAGAGUUUGCGUUGGUUUGAGUUUGAAAGCAGAGCUAGUAUUAACACUUAAGAUCACAAGACCUUAGCUUGUGGAUGUGUUGAAAUGUUUUCUGCCUUGCCCUUUCCAGCCCUGUGCGGUCUGUAUGCCGGUACCAAGACUAGUGGGAAAAAUUUAGGUACAAUUUGAACACGCCGCCAACAUCCCUUUGAGAUGUUACGGCGAGUUUGUGUUUAAAAUGUGCCCGCGAAUUUGUUUGAAAGCGCCUUAUUAUUACAGUAUGGCAUGCUAUGUGUGCAUUAAAAAGAAUUUCCUUCAAAAUAUAGUUUUGGGCGUAGAUGGAGUGAUUUUGUUUUAUUCAUAACAUAUUCUAAGCGCGUUGUGUGUUAAAACUCAAGGCGGCGAAUGAGUGACAGUCAGCUGAGUGGCCGACUCCCCCAGCUCCCAUCCGCCGCUGUCCCGUGUCUCUCUCUCUCUCUCUCUCUCAAGGAUAAUGACGUGGCGGCCUCCCCUCUUGCCUUAGCUAUUCAUAUAGCGGCGUUGCGACACUCAUGAGAUGUGUUGGGUGUGAAGUGUGGAGGCCCGUGUGGCGCGUCAGUUUAUCCCUGGCUCAGUGCUGGGCAUGUGAAGCAACGGAACGACGGGAGUGAAACGGGCGGCGCUAGAAAGAUGACGCACGGGGAGGUAAAGGCGUGUUGACUGUAUGGGUGUUGAGGUUACUUACCCUAGUCAUUCUGGAACAAAGCUAGUUUGUCAUGAGGCGUGUCAUAACAUCACGGCAUCACUGCUUGCGGGCGAGGAAGGACACGGAUGACAAUGAUGGUGAUGGAGCAAAUACAGUCAGCAGUAGUGGUGGCGGUGUUAACAGCAGCAGCAACUGCCGCUGCACCAACCACCACCUUCCUGUCUGUGGCUCGGGACAUGGUGCCAUCACUCUCGGCCUCCUCCAACACCACCGUGUCAGCCAGUAGCAUUUCAGAGUGUGGCCAGCUUUGUUUUGCGGCAACAACUGAGUACUGCUUGGCGUUUGUGUGGCGUCCCGGUGCUUCUCUUCAGGCUCUGGUGACUCCCUCCAACAAGAGCAGCAACCUGAGGAGAAGUGUGAGCACUGAAGGCAGAUGUGAACUUCUGCCCUGCCUGCCACACCCUGCUUCCCUUGUCCCCUUGCCCGGGGGUCAUGUGUUUGUUAUCAAAACGGGUGACUCCACCGUACCUCCCCCAACCUUCACCCCAACGUUAGUGCCCAGCAGCUACUCCAUGGCCUGCACCUUUGCAUACCGUGUGUUUUCUGCGCCUCAACUUGGCUAUUGGCAGGCCAACAGGAAGUGUUCACAGGACGGAGCAAGACUGAUUGUGUUCAAGAAUCCUGAAGAGGAGGAAAUUGUGAGUGAGGCCGUCAAUCCCUCUGAGCCGUAUUGGAUUGGCCUGACGGACCGCCAGACAGAAGGAGUGUGGCGCUGGGCUGACCGGAGCAAGUUGACCUACAGUAAUUGGGACAGUGGUCAGCCCAACAACUACAUGCGUGGAAAUAAGGACCAAGACUGCGUGAUGCUGUUCAAUGGCCACUGGAAUGACCACCAGUGUCAGGAUGCCCUGCGCUUCAUCUGCCAGGUGCCGCUGCUGUACCGCUGAUGCCAUGCUGCUCCCUCACUGAUGAUGAGUGGUGAUGGUGGUUGUGGCGGCACGCACAGGAGCCAGUAUCCUACAGGACUGCAUAGGGCACAAGUGACACCAUCAGGCUACACUCAAUCUCACGGCAGGUGUGUAUGCUGCCUUGCUGUGUAACACGCCCACUGACGGGUACAGUCCCCACUACUGCAGCUAAUGGUAAGCAGCAGUGGUCCCCCCCCCUCCCUCACCUCAAACAUCCCAGUGUUGUAUUUAUAUCCCUUCCUCCUGAGUGUCUCUCAUACAUAAGUUAGACUCUACUGAUAUGCAUGCAUGCAUUUUGGAUAUGCACUUGUAUUACUUACAUGCUUAAUGUUCAGAGUGAACUCAUUUUGCCAAGGCAUUGUGUACCAAGGGGGUCAGUAUUUUUCCAAAAUGCACUUGCCUUUAGUGUGUGUGUGUCUGCCUGCCUGCCAUCUCCUGGGUGUGGCCUCAAAACAGGAACAAGCUAUGUGACCAACUCUUACUGGCUGAAUUGGAAGAGCAAGAUGUGUGAUGGAUAAUCUCUCUCUCUCUCUCUCUCUCUCUCUCUCUCUCUCUCUCUCUCUCUCUCUCUCCUACAGGCUACAGGACCCACAGUAUGUUCUCCACAGUAUGUUUACAAACCACAGUCAUUCACCACACCCCCUCACCAAUAUUUCACCCAAAUAACACACACACUUACUGGGGUCCUAUGUGCUAUAUAUUCUGAUCACUACCAGCCCACUUGUUCCAUUAUUGCAAGCCACACACCAAGCCAAGCCCAAUUCUCAAUUCAACACCAGUGUCAUUUAUGAACAAUUACAAAUAAACAGGAGUGCUAUUGAGUAUCCAGUGUUUAGGAUGCUACUUGUGAUUGCCUUAGCUUUGUGUAUCAUUGAGAUCAAUAACAAUAAAGGUCUUAAAGACACUGGCAUUGUGUGAGUGUUCCUUGCUUCCGUAGGACAUCAGAAAUAUAGGCUUGGAUCCAACAAGAGGCACCAGAUCAACCCAAGACAAGAACGAUCAAGUAUUUGGCACAAGAGUAGUACUAAUGACCUUGUGGGUGACAGGUGUGCAAGCAGCAUAGAAUGAGUUCACACUGCACCAAUGCUACACUGUUUGUAUGUAGCAUUGCUUACACAUGUAUGCUUAAUGCUGAGGGAUUAAAGAAUACACUACUUGUGAUGCCUAACUAUGAAUGAAUGGGUCACAAUGACAACAUCUUCCAAUGCUGUGUUACUCUUUCUGGAGCAAUCAACACCAGUGCAAAGAAAAUCCAAGGACCAGGUUGAACUUUCCAAAAAAUGUCUAAGACAAGUUCAUGCAUGAAUUGGGCUGAUGGUCUAAACAUUCAAAUUACAUUGUGCUUAAAAUUGUCAAGGCUGACUCAUAUUUCCUACAGUGUCAGCCCAGCUUGUGUACUGACCGUGUCUUGACGGAUUACAUACACUUAUGUUAGGAAGCAUUUGAGAAGCUUGCAGCGUGACCCGUUCAUGCAUGCAUCACACCACACACGGCUGUCUGUGGUGGGUAACUUAAGGCAAAGGUUUGUUCCUUGUUCUGUGUCACCUUUAAAGAUGCACUUCCUUUGCCAUAAUGUACGUUCAAUUAUUUUUUGUCUCGAGUGUUCAGCUGUGAGAGGUAAGAGUCAUCACACUCAAGACACAACACACCCAUUGGUGUUUACAUCACACUGGAUGCUGUGGUGGCCCAGCUGGCUGUUGUCAGUCAUUACACAUUUCAGCCUAACACACUGAGAACUUUAACAUGAUAAUGAACCUGAGUUAGCACUGUAAAUAACUUGUGUGAGCAAGGCUGGCUGGCCAGAGGUCCCCAAACUGACUCCCCACCUGGCUGGGGCACCACAGAGUGGCUCUACUGGACUCACCCACCAAACUAGUACAACUGCCACUUGACAAAAGGACUCUGUGAAAAUUAUUUACAUAUUUUUAAGUACAUGCUAAUAAUAAACACCAAACUAUGUAUCAAAAUCUUAAAUAACACAGAGGUAUGGAAAUUCUGGGAAGGUGACCCCAUACCAAGUGGUCCCUCCAAGUCAUGUUAUCACAAUUUGAUUUAAACAUAAGAAUGCCAGUGCUGCCCAGCAUCCAAGAGCAAUGCUUCACUGCAGCAGUGCAGCAUGCCUGCUGCUGCUGUCGCCACCAAUGCUAACUAAUUCUAAUGCAUUAUAACACUUUGGUAGUAAUAACACAAAAUUCCUCCAUUAACAAACUAUAAAUAAAAGUAUAAAACUAAAGAUAUUGUGGUACAUCCUUAACUUAGAACAUGAGCAGAGACCGCUCGUGCCGCCCCUUACCCGACCCGUCCACCCACACCACAGCCAUGCACCGCCACACACACACACACACACACACACACACACACACACACACACACACACACACACACACA